AUGUCAACUAACUCUACCUCUGACAGAUUUCCAAAUCUGUAUUGGUCAAUAGAUUAUGUUACAGGGUUAAAUAAUCUUAAAUCUCAAUCAUUCAAAUCACUUAAACAAUUGCAUGAAUUGAGAAAAUUAGUAUUUAAUUAUAUGACUUAUUAUCAUGCCAAUAGUGAAUUUUUGAAUAAAUCAAGCAUUGAUCUAUUUCCAGUGGAAAGUACUUUUUUACCAUUUGAGUACAAUCCUAGAUCCGUUUCAAACACUCCUACCACAUCACCCUAUCGGAAAAGAAUAGUAUCCAAUGAAACAACCGUGUCUAAACAAGAAACAAUUACACCUAAACAUGAAACCACCAUGACUACUGCUUAUAGUGAAUAUAUCGAUUACAUGUCACAAGAAUCAACAAUCUUAUUGAAUUUAACUUCAAUUAUUGAUCGUGACGUGCUUCAAGAUAUCACUAUGUAUUUGAAAUACCACGAACCCAAGAUCCAUCAACAGUUUACCCGAUUAGAUGAGGUUUAUAAUAAUUAUUUGAAGAGUUACAAGAACAUUGAAAGAUUGAAAUCAAGGCACAUUGAACAAUUGAGGUUGAAGGAGUUUUCUCAAUCUCAAGUUGAACAAACAAAAAGUAGUCCCGAAGAAACAGUUGAGGACCAACUGCAACAUUCAUCUUCAUUUGAAGAAUCUUAUGCCGACGAAGAUUUAGAAGAUGAGGAAAUUGACAAUACUUUUGAUUUGAGCUUCCCAUUGCAUAUAGGCACGGUUGUUGUAUCUUCAGCAGAAGAGUUGCAACUAAUUAUGAACCAAUUAAUAACCAAAGUCCCUAUUACUAUGAGAAAGAUCCCUUUACCCGGUUAUAAGAAUGAAAUUUUCAAUAGUGAAUCAAUAUCGAAAGUUUUACUUACUAUACCAAUCAAAGGGUUUAAACCUUCAAGAUUGAACAUUGAAAAGUUUGGACAAGGGUUACUUGAUUUAAAAUUAAUGACGAGUAGUAAUUUUUUCAACAAAAAAUUUAAAAGUGAAGGAAUGUGGUUUGAAUGGUCUGAUUUGGCCGUAUACUUUGCCCAGUUCAAAUCUUCACUGGCAGCAUCAUCAGUAAAAGAUACCAGUAGUAUAGGGUCAAACACAACUUCAACUACUAAUAAAUCAAGUGCAAUUUCUUCACCAAAAAAUGGUCGAUCUAAGUUUAUUUCUGACAUGGCUGAGACCACCACCAGAUUUAAUGCCAUGUUUAAUAAUGUUAGAAGUUCGAUAUUGAAAACAAAUCAUGCGGAAAUACUUGAAGACAUAGAAGACAGUUAUAAUGAAGAAAUCUUGAAUUUACAAGAAUUCAAGUAUUUAUUAGAGAAUGGAUUAUUUGAUUUAUCUCAAUAUUUAGAAAAAUUUGAAAAAAUGAAAAUAGAAAUUAUUUACAAGAGUUUAUCAAGAUUGCUGGAAAUUUUAUUGAAAUUCCAAAAGGAACAAACUACCAAAUUAGAAGCUUUUUCAAACAAUUUUAUUCGAAACAUUAAUAAAUCAGAAAAUUAUCUUCAUGAUUUUAAUAAAACUAUGGAACAUUUUAGCACUGGAAUAUAUUUCCCAAGUGUAAUUACACCCGACACCAAUGUGAGAUCGACCAGUAUUGGGACUAAUUAUCAAAAUUUGAAAUAUCAAUUUGAUUUAUAUAAAGAUAUUCCAUUACAAUUACAAAAUAAUUUCAAUUCAGAUAAUGAGUCGUUAUUAAGUAUUGCGUCGAUUCCCUAUAUUUUAUACCAAACAAUAAAAAUCAUUGAAGAGAGAAGCAAUGAUAAUGUUGAAGUUGUUAGAAAAUUAUGGAUGGCACCAAUUGAAUAUCAAAGUCAAUGGAGAAUAAAGCAAGACAUUAUCCAACUUGUUGCUGAUUAUACACCAGAUUUGAAAAACGAUAUUUCCAAUAAAUAUUUGAUUGAGCAAGAAUUUUGCAAUCAAGUGUUGAAACAUUUAAAGGCUCAAAAGACCAAUGACGUGAUAAUUUUUGUUAAAAAUUGGUUACUUGAAAUUAGCGAUUCUAUCAUUCCAUUUGUUAUAUUUGAUAGUUUGAUGAAUUUAUACAAUCAAGAGAACGUUGCAGCGGCCGAUUUAAUCAAGCUUCUUUCCACUAUUCCUAGAAGUAAUUUGGCGUCAUUAAUUUAUGUUAUUGAAUAUUUUGGUAAUUUAUUUGCCCUUGGUAGUAUUCCGAAUUAUGAAAUUUCAGAUGAAUUACCAGAAGAAUCAUUAUUGGAGUCAAUAGAAGAAGCCAGCAUUGUUCAAGUUUCCAAUGAAUUGAAUUCAAUGGAUACUAUUGGAUCUAUACCUAUUAUGCAUUUGAUUUUAAGACCAUCAACUUCAAAAAAUUCUACUGGGUUUAAACCACCAUUGGAUAAAUAUAAACGUAUAAUGGUUGAUAUUUUGAAACUUGAUGUGCGGACUGAAUUAUUGAAACAUUUGAUUGAACAUGAAAUUAAUUAUAAAUCUAAAAAAGAAGCCGAAAAAUUACAAGUUAAAAAGAUUCCAGUACCAGUACCAGUACCAGUACCAGUAUCAGAAUCAGAAUCUCCUCAAACUCCACCACAGGCAAAAGUGGAUUCCAUUGAUAGAAGUACGCCAGCGAUUGUACAUCCACAACCAACUCAACCAAACAAGCAAAAACGUCCAGAAAGUGCAGAAUUCACUUUGAGACCUUUUAGGACAAGACCAACACCGGUUCCAAGCCCCCAAUCAUCACCUAAGCGUGGCGCAUUUCCAACUUUUACUGGCUCAUUGAGCUCUGGAGCUUCAACAACUAAACUGCCAACUCCACCACUAUCACAACCUACAACAACUAACCAAUUAUUGCCAGCUGCUUCACAUCAUACUAAUCGUGGACGUAGUUUGAGUAACUCAUUUAUUACCCCUAGAAUUGAGAUUGAAUUUGAAAACUAG